UGGUAAUGUGGAUGGCCCUUCCUACGUUGUUGAGAUUCCUCCGCAUUUGCACACUUACCCGGUGUUUCAUGCCUCUAACUUGCUCCCUUGUGUCAGCAAUGAGCUAUUCCCAUCUCGAAGAUCUAUGAUUCGUCUUGAUAUGGAUGGUAAAUAUGACGUGGACUGCAUCAUGGCAGAGGAUAUUUAUAAAUCUGGACGCAGGGGUAGGCCCCAGCGACAUUACAAAGUUAGAUUCCCUUAUCAGCAGCCUUCGGAAGAUCACUGGUUUACUAGAGAUGAGCUUGUCGAGACAGCACCGGACAUAGUGUCCUACUAUGAGAGAGUUAGGUACAGCGCAAAGGAGAAUGUAGCGAAACCGACAUUGGUGCAGACUUGUCAUUUUGGGAAAAUAAAUGACGUCACAUUCCCUGCUGGAUAUAGUCAAGUCUUUGCGUCAUGUUCGGAGCGCGAUAUCAAGAUCUGGCAUUCUGAAGAAUGCCGCGAACUUCUUCGCAUACAGGUUCCAAACGUUGAAUGCCUGUGCAUUGCAUUUAUGCCCCAUGGCAAAAGCAUUUUGAGUGGUUGGCGGGAUGGGAAAAUUCGCGCUUUUGGGCCACAGAGUGGGAAACUGUUGUACACAAUCCAUGAGGCGCACCCACUGGGUGUCACAGCAAUCUGUGGAACGACAGAGGGAAAUCGGAUAAUCUCAGGUGGUAAGGAGGGUCAGGUUAGAGUCUGGAGAAUAGGAAAAGAGAGUCAAUCAAUGAUAGCCUCGAUGAAGGAGCACAAGGGACCUGUGAACUGCAUCCAGGUCAGGAGGAAUGAUAGUGAGUGUGUCAGUGCUAGCAGUGAUGGUUCAUGCAUCAUUUGGGAUCUAACGAGGUUUGCUCGGAACAGCAGUCUUUUUGCUAACACAUUUUUCAAGGCCAUCCUUUACCAUCCUGAUGAAAGCCAACUGUUAACAACUGGCACAGAUCGCAAGAUUGAGAAGAAGAUAAGCGAGUGGGUCGCUAAUUUAUCGUUGGGAGAGGACGAAGAGGCGAAGUCUUACGUGACUGAGGAUGAGAGGGUUGCGCUAGCCAGUGAGCUAGCAGCAAUGACAGAUCCAAUGGAACGGCGAGAAAGGGAGGAGGAGCAAAAAUUGGCGUGGAAGCUGAGGAUGAAGAGGGAGAAGAAGAGGAGGAGAGAGGAAGUGAGCAAACUGACUGCAGAGGUGGCCAAGGUGCAGGAAUGUAGAAAGGAAGUGCUGGCCCAACCUGAUGACAAGGCUAAGUGGGACAAGGUGUUGGGUUACCUGGAAGUGUUGAGCAAGUCCUGGAUGGAGGAGCGCCAGGCCAGUUGGAGCCAGGAUGUAGCAUUGAGUGCCAUGCGGUCAGGGUUCAGAGACUUUGCGCGCGAGAUCGUCACCCAUAUUGGGGGUGAAGUCAGGCAACUAAGGGACAAGGUAGGGAAGUUUUGUAAGGGCGCUAUCGAGGGCGCCAAAGCCAUAGCCGCUGUCGAAGGCGAGGACAGGCCUCGCAAGGACCCAGUUAAGCUUAAAUUCCCGGAUGCUUAUGGAGGGAAGAAGGAAGAGAACUUUGACAACUGGGAAGCCAGUGUGAAUAGUUAUAUAUAUCUACAGCAUAUCCUGAUAGAGGAACAAGUCAUCGUGGCCUUCCAGGCCCUUAAGGAUGAGGCGGCUAGCUUUGCCAGGUCCCUUGUGCGCGCAGCCGGUUGUGAAAACAACCUGGUUGCAUAUUCGAAAGUCACCCCCCUUUCUCAAUUCCUCAAGCUCCUAAAGGAGCGAUUCGCUGACCCAACGAGAGGCGUUUGCGCCUCUGACAAGCUGCAAGCGAUCCACUCACGGCAGUGGAGGAGUGCAAGAGCACUCAAGGGUACCAUGGAUGACUUGGUAGCCGUCUCGGACUAUGGGGUCACUGAGACCCAGUUGAUAACACCUUGGCACACGUUCGCGCGGUUAGUGAAGAAGGAGCGAUUAGAGGAACAGGUAUUUGUGGUUUAUGUCAGACCUGUCACUGAGGCUAAGGAAGAAGUGAGUUCCACAGAUCCAACCAUUGCCAAGCUGUUGGAAGAGUUCAAAGACCUGACUGAGUCGCCGACAGGAGUAGUGUCGCGACCCAUCCAGCAUAGGAUAGAGAUAGAGCCUGGCAGUAGAACUCCUAAGGGAGCAGUCUACAGGAUGUCCCCUAGAGAGUUAGAGGAGCUGCGCAAGCAGUUAGACGACCUCCUCGAGAAAGGUUGGAUCGGGCCCAGUUCGUCUCCUUUUGGAGCACCCGUUUUGUUUGUCCCCAAGAAGGAAGGAGAGCUGAGAAUGUGUAUAGACUAUAGGGGUUUGAAUGCGAUUACUGUGAAGAAUGUUGAACCGCUGCCCAGGAUAGACGAUCUUUUAGAUCGGGUGCAGGGUUGUAAGUAUUUCUCCAAGAUAGACUUGAAGUCCGGUUAUCAUCAGAUAGAGGUCCAUCCUGAUGACCAGUAUAAGACUGCGUUCCGGACUAGAUACGGGCACUAUGAGUUUAUAGUGAUGCCCUUUGGACUAACCAACGCGCCAGCCACCUUUCAGCGUUGUAUGAACGAUCUGUUCAGACCAUGGUUAGACAAGUUUGUAGUAGUCUAUUUAGAUGAUAUCUUAGUUUUCAGUAGGACCCUCCAGGAGCAUCGGGGUCAUCCGAGGCAGGUCUUGGAGAAGCUACGAGAGGCUAACUUCAAGAUCAACGCAAAGAAGUGCGAGUGGGCCAAGACACAAGUCCUGUACUUGGGCCACGUGUUGGACGGAGAUGGCAUUAAGCCAGGGGACAGUAAGAUAGCGGCGAUAAGAGAUUGGCUGACGCCCCACACACUGACAGAGUUGCAGUUGUUCCUAGGCUUAGCUAACUACUAUAGGAAGUUCGUGAGGAACUUCUCCACUAUCGCCGCUCCCUUGCGCAGGUUGCUUAAGAAAGAGGCAAUCGGGCAAUGGGACAAAGAUUGUACGUCUGCGCUAAAGAGAUUGAAGCGCACACUCAUAGAGUACCCUGUCCUCAAAGUAGUUGAUCCGUCCUUGCCAUUUGUCGUCACCACGGACGCAAGUCAGUAUGGGAUAGGCGUUGUGUUGCAGCAGGAUGACGGCAAUGGCUAUAGACCCGUAGAGUUCAUGUCCGCGAGGAUGCCCUCAUAAAAGGUAGCCACCUCGACGUACGAGAGAGAACUCUACGCUCUUAGGCAGGCUCUAGACCACUCGAAGCAUUACCUGCUUGGGAGGCACUUCAAAGUGUAUUCUGACCACAAGACCCUUAGAUGGUUAAAGACCCAGGCCAAGAUGACACCUAAGCUAACUAGGUGGGCCGCUGAGAUAGACAAGUACGACUUUGAGCUCAAGCCAGUAAAGGGCAAGUACAACG